AUGAGUGGAUUUAUCAAUGCAACGUAUUCCUGUUUGUAUAACAAUUUUGCCCAGUUCGUCACACCGUUUAGCUAAAAUGCUUUUGAAACUUCUACGUGGCCUUCUAAAUGUGUCCAGUUUCAUUUUUCAAGUAUACACUUCUCCAUCGAAUCGAAAAAAUGUGAUUUUAAAAUUAAUACUUUCUGUUUUUUUAUGUGCCAUAAUUACACUAACCUACAUUGGCAUAAAGUACCUGAAGGAGAAUGUGCAACCAGGAGACGUUUUGUUUCUAAUCUUCGUAUGUGGCACCCUUUUCUACUAUUGGUUCACAAGACCAUCUCACAACCGAAGGUAUUAUCAAAGGAAUCAUCAUAGGCAUCAGUAUUAUAGAUAAUAUAGAUAAUAUUUUAACAAUACUAUUGGAAAUAUAUUAACAUUAAAAAUAUUUAUAAUUUACCUUGUUGAAUUUCUAUAUAAUAUAAGUAUUGUAACUACAUUCAUCUGAUAUUUUGUAUAUUAUUUUUAUAAAAUUUAAUAGUCCGUGGAACAGACUCCUUUUUAUGAAAUUAUUAACUCUUGAAUUCUUGGAAUUGAGGCGUUUUCAAUCUGGAGGGGAACAAACUUUGUCUAUUUAAUUAGAUACUAAAAACUCAUAAAUACCCAUUUGCUUUCCACUUGGAUUGUAAGAUAAUUUGAUCACAAAAUUAAUAAAAAAAGUGGCCUACAAAAAUAUUGGGCCGUUUUUCCUAUAUAACCUCGUUAUUUUGAGAAUUUGGGGGUCUAGGUCACGCCAAACAGCUCAAUAUUUUUGAAGGCCAUCGUUUUUCUUGAUUUUGUGCUCAAAUUAUCUUUCGAUUCAGGUCAAAAGCAAAUGGGUAUUUAUGAGUUUUUAAUGCCUAAUUAAAUAGACAAAGUUUGCUCCCCUCCAGAUUGAAAACCCAAUCCCGAGAAUUUUCGUAAAUAAACUAUUUGUAGGAUAGAAUGAGAUGAAGUUAUUAAUGAAGUUUCAGGGGGAUGUUAAUAAUUUGAUAAAAAGGUUUCUGUAUCAUGGGCUAUAAAUAAAUAAAAUAUGAAAAUAAAAAAAAAUUCAAUGGAAAAAUGAUUGAAGCUGGUUCUUGAACUACUUAAACUAUCAUGAUUUUAAUUCAGUAGUAGAUAUCAGUGUAGUAAAUAAUAUUCAUUAGAGCUGUUCUAAUAUUCAUUAGAAAGAAUAAUUUUUAUCCUUCAAAAAUACCUAACAUUUUAACCAAUUAGCUGUUAUGUUUAAUUUAUAUGUAUAUAUUUUCUUUUUUUUUUUUUUUUUUUGAGUUCUACCAAUGGGUAGUUUCUCUUCAUGUUGUACAUGUCAUAUUACCAAUGUCACAUUUCCUUGUUGUAUUUUUCAUUUAAUACAGUUGUAAAUUUCAUUAAAAUAAAAAAGUAAAUAAAAAAUUGUAUUUAUUUAUUUAUUUUUUUGGCACUGGCUUGUUAUCCACUGAUAUCAUAUUAUUAUGUUAUCUUAUUCUUAUUUUAGCUUUACUACAUCAUUACUUAUUCAUUUUUCAAAUUCUUUAUUCAUCAACACUCAAUUUCUUUAUCUGUUAACAACCUUCAGCUAUCAAAUGUAAUCUUUACCAGUUCGUUAUACACUUAUUUCUUAUCUUUUACCACAAUUUGUCUACUUUUAACUAACAUGCUAUAUUCUCCUUUGUUUUCUAUUUUUAUUCAUACUUAUUUUCUAUUUUUGUUUGUAUCUUUUUUGUAUAUAAUACUUGAUAUUUUAACUACACUGUCACCCACUAUAUCUCUGAUAUAAUCUUAUUACUUCUUUAUCAGACAACUGUUUUUAUUUAAUAUCAUCUAUUAAUUCAUUUAUUUUAUUUUCACCGUGUACCUUUUAUAUUUUUUAUCUUUUGUAGUCCUGAUGAAGACCUGCAAGAUGGGUCGAAACAUUGGUGAAACAAUUAAAAAUACUAUUUUUUAAAAAUUUAGUAGUUAUUUGACCGCAUUCCCCUGCCAACUCCUUCUCAUAUUAUAUCACGAUCAACCAUCUCUACAUCAUUAUUUUUUUUUUCAUUGUAAGGAAUUAUCUAUAAACCAUUUUAACUAUUACAAACUCCAAUAUUUUCACAUGUAGUUAGAAUUUACCAUUUUAAUUGUAUUAUUAGUCAAUUCACAAUAUUCUAUGAAAUUAUUUUAUAAUAAUAAACAUCACUUAGAACUAUGCUAUCUUUUAUAGUUUUUAGUUGAUUCCUCAAUUCAUUGUUAAUAUGCUUCUUCUUUUUUAAUAAAAAAUCACUAUAAAAUAAAGUAACUUUGCUGAAUAUGGUAAUUUGCUUUUCAAAAAAACAUAUUAGUCAGAAAUAUUCCCUUAAAAUAUUAUUUUGUUUAACUAACUUAUUGAAAUAAAGUUUGAUAAAGAAAUGAAUGGUUACUUAAUUUUUUUUGGGUUAUUUAUUUCCAUCCUACCACCAUGUAGGUAUUUAAAAAUUACUUAAUACAUUGUGUUCUUGUAUUUGGUGCCAGUACAUCAAGAUUGCAGAGGGAUUUAAUACAAUUUAUACUUAUUAUUUUGAUCUUACCAACAAUCUAUCUAAUCUAUUAUUUUGUUUAUGAUUGUGUUUAGUAAUACUAUGAGGAAGGGCAAUACUAUUAGUAAUACUAUGGGGAGUGGGGUGGCUGAGUGCUAGGGUACUGAACUUCUGGUGCUAAAGGUCCCAGGUUCGAAUCCCGGCUCAUGGUAGAAAAAUUUUAUUUAUUCUGUUUCAUUGGCCGUAGGGCGACUCUGGGUAGGCAGACUCAUAUAGCUUUAUUUAUUACCCAUCUAUAUAUGAGUAAAAAUAUUAUUUUUAAGUUCCUAUCCACAAUUUGUUAAUUAAUUUCAAAAUUUAAUGUACAGCCCUGGAAGAUACUCAUUUACAAUAGAAUUGACCAUGGAAGCUUUUGUCAAAUUAUGGUUUAUUCCCUAGCAAAGACUCACUGAUAUGCUAUUGCUAUGUAUCAAAUAUAAUGCCAAAUAAGCUCUAAAUCCAAUAUUAAAAAGAUAUAGAAGGACACAGUAAGGAAGAAAACAUCUCUAUUGUUAACAUAACUCAGCUUGUUGAAAAGAUACCACACAUGCAUAUUGUCAUUGGAGGAAGCAUUUUAGUAAACUGAAUUAAAUUCAUGCCUAUUGGUAGAAGAGUGAGUCUUAACACCCUCUGUUUUGUUUGAAAGUUAUUAUACCCGAUUGUCGAGUUGCUGUGAAUAAUGAAAAAAGAUCAGAUAAGAUCUUAGAGAUAAAGUUUAAUCCGUGCCAGCUACCAGAUACACUCGGCAGAUAUCCACAGAGGCAUCAACCAGAGAAGACUGUAGGGCCCUCUCAGUUAAGUAAGAUGUCUGCCAGCAUAAAAGGGUGGGUUUAUUUUACACAAUUCAUAUAACCUACCACUUCGUCAAAGUAUAGUCCUCUGCCAAAAUAAGUCGAAUGUUGCCUAUAUUGAACACAUUAGAGUAUAUGCGUUUACUUUAAUUAAAUUUGGAAAGUUGCCUAAACACCCUCCUACCAAACAUCUGAGGAUAAAUCAGAAAUAAUCUACAUUCCCGCCUCUUGGAGAGUAAAGAAUGAAAGAUGGAUGUAAAUUCUCUUGUAGAUGGAGAAAAGGUUUUUUUUUUAGACUUCUGAUAAACAAUGAGAUGAACAACCCUAGCUCACCACAACAGAUUUAAAAUCUCAUCAGCCAAGUUAUAUAAUAAACAAUGUUUUUUCCAAAGAAAUAGUGAAUUAAUCUUAAAAUAUUUUGUGGUAAUAUUCUCAAAUUAUUCCGGAUGAAUUAUAUAUUUAUUCAGAAUAUUGAUGUACCCCUAAUUUGUGUAUUCUAGUUUUACAGUCAUAUCACUCCUUUAUUGAGUAUAUUUUAAAUAAAUAACCUUAGUUUUUAAUAAGGUUUUUGUUAAUUUCUGCCACCUAUGCCAGGUAUAAU